GCGCGGCUCCGGGAGGCGGCGGCGGCGGAAGCGGCGAGGGCGGCGGGCGUCCGGCUCUGAGGAGGUGGUGGUGGCGGCGACGGAGGCGGAGGCGGCGGCUCCGGACUGGGCUCGGCUGGGAGCGGGCGAGGGUCGGGGACGCCGGGUCGAGGGCCGAUCCCCCGGCUCGACCAUCCUCCCGCCGCCCGGACGCCUGGGCCGCGGAGUUUGUGUCCCGGCUCGGACCCCGGCGCCCAGCCCGGAGCCGUAACCUUGAGGCGGCGGCGGCGGGGCCGGGCCGGGCCGGGCCGGGGGGCGGCGGCGCUGGAUCCGCGGCUGCCCGAUCGUUGGCGGGAGAUGUCGAACCCCGGGACGCGCAGGAACGGCUCCAGCAUCAAGAUCCGUCUGACAGUAUUAUGUGCCAAGAACCUUGCAAAGAAAGACUUCUUCAGACUCCCUGAUCCCUUUGCAAAGAUUGUGGUGGACGGAUCUGGGCAGUGCCACUCAACGGACACUGUGAAAAACACGUUGGACCCCAAAUGGAACCAGCACUACGAUCUGUAUGUUGGGAAAACGGAUUCUAUAACCAUCAGCGUGUGGAACCACAAGAAGAUCCACAAAAAGCAGGGGGCUGGCUUUCUGGGCUGCGUGAGGCUGCUCUCCAAUGCCAUCAGCAGAUUAAAAGAUACCGGAUACCAGCGUUUGGAUCUAUGCAAACUAAAUCCCUCAGAUACUGAUGCAGUUCGUGGCCAAAUAGUGGUCAGUUUACAGACACGAGACAGGAUAGGCACUGGAGGCUCUGUGGUAGACUGCAGAGGACUUUUAGAGAACGAAGGAACCGUGUAUGAAGACUCAGGGCCUGGAAGGCCACUCAGCUGCUUCAUGGAGGAGCCGGCCCCUUACACAGACAGUACCGGUGCGGCUGCGGGGGGAGGGGACUGCAGGUUCGUGGAGUCCCCAGGUCAAGAUCAAAGACUCCAGGCGCAGCGACUCCGAAAUCCCGAGGUCCGGGGGUCACUCCAGACGCCUCAGAACCGACCCCACGGCCACCAGUCACCAGAACUGCCCGAAGGCUAUGAACAAAGAACAACGGUGCAGGGCCAAGUUUACUUUUUGCACACACAGACUGGAGUUAGCACUUGGCACGACCCCAGGAUACCAAGUCCCUUGGGGACCAUUCCUGGGGGAGAUGAAGCUUUUCUAUACGAAUUCCUUCUACAAGGCCAUACAUCUGAGCCCAGAGACCUUAACAGUGUGAAUUGUGAUGAACUUGGACCACUGCCACCAGGCUGGGAAGUCAGAAGUACAGUUUCGGGGAGAAUAUAUUUUGUAGAUCAUAAUAACCGAACCACCCAGUUUACAGACCCAAGAUUACAUCACAUCAUGAAUCACCAGUGCCAACUAAAGGAGCCCAGCCAACCGCUGCCAUUGCCCAGUGAGGGCUCUGUGGAAGACGAGGAGCUUCCUGCCCAGAGAUACGAAAGAGAUUUAGUCCAGAAGCUGAAGGUCCUCAGACACGAACUUUCACUUCAGCAACCCCAAGCCGGUCAUUGCCGCAUCGAAGUAUCCAGAGAAGAAAUAUUUGAGGAGUCUUACCGCCAGAUCAUGAAGAUGCGGCCGAAGGAUCUGAAGAAGCGGCUGAUGGUGAAGUUCCGGGGAGAAGAAGGUUUGGAUUACGGCGGAGUGGCGAGGGAGUGGCUUUAUUUACUGUGCCACGAAAUGUUGAAUCCGUACUAUGGACUCUUCCAGUAUUCUACGGACAACAUUUACAUGUUGCAGAUCAACCCAGACUCUUCAAUCAACCCCGACCAUCUGUCUUAUUUCCAUUUUGUGGGCCGGAUCAUGGGUCUCGCCGUGUUCCACGGCCACUACAUAAAUGGGGGCUUCACGGUUCCCUUCUAUAAGCAGCUACUGGGAAAACCCAUCCAGCUCUCGGAUUUGGAGUCGGUGGACCCAGAGUUACAUAAGAGCUUAGUAUGGAUUCUAGAGAACGAUAUCACCCCUGUGCUGGACCACACUUUCUGUGUGGAACACAAUGCUUUCGGGAGGAUUCUUCAGCACGAACUGAAACCCAAUGGCCGCAACGUUCCUGUCACAGAGGAGAACAAGAAAGAAUAUGUCCGGUUGUAUGUAAACUGGAGGUUCAUGAGAGGGAUUGAAGCCCAGUUCUUAGCUCUUCAGAAAGGGUUUAAUGAACUCAUUCCUCAACACUUGCUGAAGCCUUUUGACCAGAAGGAACUAGAGCUGAUCAUCGGUGGCCUGGAUAAAAUCGACGUGAGCGACUGGAAGUCCAACACUCGGCUGAAGCACUGCGUGGCCGACAGCAACAUCGUCCGGUGGUUCUGGCAGGCUGUGGAGACCUUCGACGAGGAGAGGAGGGCCAGGCUCCUGCAGUUCGUGACCGGGUCCACUCGGGUCCCUCUCCAAGGCUUCAAGGCUUUGCAAGGCUCUACAGGCGCGGCAGGGCCCCGGCUCUUCACCAUCCACCUGAUCGACGCCAACACAGACAACCUUCCGAAGGCCCACACCUGCUUUAAUCGGAUUGACAUUCCACCUUAUGAAUCGUAUGAGAAGCUCUAUGAGAAGCUGCUGACGGCCGUGGAGGAGACUUGUGGCUUUGCUGUGGAGUGAAGAGCAACCAAAGGCAACAGAUUCUAGCUCAUGACCACCAGACCAAAAGCAAGCUUUCUGUGUGCCUCCUACGCAGCUGGCUGAGGCCUGGGAACCCCAGAUCACCGGAGGGAAAGA